AUCAGGUCCUCGGGGAUAGCAACACCCCGUGCUGUGCUGCUCCACCACUCUUACUCUUAUUCUUACUCUCACUCGCACCAAAACACAACAACGCUCUCAUUCUCAUUCUCAUUCUCAUUUUCACUCUCACUCUCACUUUCACUCUCAUCGCAACAAACUAUUCCUCCGACGUCGUUUCGCAGCUCCACUUGUCGUUUCCUCCUUCGCUUUUGAAUGAAUGGGAAACUGCGGUACCAGAGAGGAAUCCGCCGUCGUUUCCAAUGCUCAAGUUCAGCAGCUUCAUCAUCACGCGUCGUCGUUCGGCGCUAGUGGAAGGAAUCAAAAUGGAGAGAAGAAGCAGAAUCAGAAACACAAUAAUCUGACCGAGUCCGUUUCGGAUCUGAGCGAGUCUUGUUCGACGACACCGCGCAGCAACAACUACAACAACAACACGGUGCUUUAUACUCAUGUUAUCGCUUUCACGCUUUACGAGUUGGAAACGAUAACGAAGAGCUUCCGUGGCGACUAUAUCUUAGGCGAAGGAGGGUUCGGUACCGUUUACAAAGGUUACAUUGAUGAGAAUGUGAGGGUUGGACUCAAGUCCUUACCCGUUGCGGUCAAGGUUUUGAACAAGGAAGGACUCCAGGGACAUCGAGAGUGGCUUACGGAGGUGAAUUUUCUAGGGCAGCUUAGGCAUCCGAAUCUGGUUAAGUUGAUUGGUUACUGCUGCGAGGAUGAUCAUAGAUUGCUUGUCUAUGAGUUCAUGUUUCGAGGAAGUUUAGAAAAUCACUUAUUCCGAAAGGCAACUGUCCCCUUGUCAUGGGCUACAAGAAUGAUGAUUGCUCUUGGGGCUGCCAAAGGGCUUGCCUUUCUCCACAAUGCUGAAAGACCUGUAAUCUAUCGUGACUUCAAGACAUCUAAUAUAUUAUUGGACUCUGACUAUACUGCCAAGCUUUCUGAUUUUGGACUAGCUAAAGCAGGACCACAGGGUGAUGAAACCCAUGUAUCCACCCGAGUCAUGGGUACAUAUGGUUAUGCUGCCCCUGAAUAUGUUAUGACUGGCCACCUGACAGCCAGGAGUGAUGUUUAUAGCUUUGGGGUUGUUCUUUUGGAGCUUCUAACGGGAAGGAAAUCUGUUGACAAGACAAGACCUGGAAGGGAACAGAGCUUGGUAGAUUGGGCACGGCCAAAGCUCAAUGACAAAAGAAAGCUCCUACAAAUAAUUGAUCCUAGAUUGGAGAAUCAAUACUCAGUGAGGGCAGCACAGAAAGCAUGUAGCUUAGCUUACUACUGUUUGAGUCAAAAUCCCAAAGCGAGGCCACUAAUGAGUGAUGUAGUGGAAACAUUGGAACCCUUACAAAGUUCUAGUGUUGGUGCAGGUGAAGUCUCAUUAUCAGGAUCAAAUAGUGGGAGUGAAGGGCCUUUUGCUAUGAGCAAAAUUUCUGACUACCGAAUGCGUCACAAGUUUUCGAACAAUGUUGGUCCAGGUGCUACUUGUCGGUCUCCAAACCCAAAUUGCUCCCCAGGUGCUCCAGCAGCAUGCCGGGUCAGAUGAUAAUCUCGUGCCAUGAAUCCCUGUCUGGUGUGCUUCUCAAAUUUCCAUAUAAUCUCAAGAAAAUAGUAUUUGUUGUUAAAAUGUGGGUGCAUCCAUGUAUUUGUUGCUUUGUACAUGAUAUAAUGGUGACAAGACCGGGUGGAUAAUUUUUGUAUCAAUGUUUGGUCUUCAGUUCAUCGCAGUGGUAAUUAUUGUGUGCAAAACUGUGUGUAGUUGUAGUCAUCGUGGCAUCAGAACUAAUAUGAUUGAUUCCUCACAACAUUAGGGGCACGAGGUUGGAGCUGAGCACGCAAUUAACUUCAUAGUUUAUCUCUUUAUUUGAGAUAUUAUUAGGUUGACUGGGUGUAAAAAUCAUUUCAUAUUUUGCAUUCCU